AUGUUCCAGGUACCUCAAGCAGUCAAAUCAUUCUUUGAUUCAGUUCCAUUGAAAACUAUAACUGAUCAACCUACCUUAUUAUCACCUCAAGAUAUUUAUUAUUUUAGAGGAAUGGGAAAACACCCAGAUGGCCAUUUCACUUUAGGUGUAUUCAAUACCAUCAAGAUUAAUGAUCAUGUAGUUCCAUCAGAUCCAAUCUCCCUUGGCUUAAGUUUGAUUUUGGCUAAUAAGAAUCAAAUGGGAUUACCUACUGGUCUUGCUGCUGCAUUUGGUUGGAGAAAUGGAAUAAUUAAAACGUCAUAUAUGUCAAGUAAAACCAAUGUAUUACCAAUUCUUAUAGAAGAUACUAGCGACAAUGAAAGAAAUAUUAAGACAUUAGACAUUGUGAAUCAUGAGCUUGUUAUUAAUAAUUUCACCAAUCUUGAAUCUAAACAAAUUAAUGAAUUAAUUGAUAUUAAAUUUUAUGAUAUUUGGUUAUUAUGUAUCUUGACUGAAAAUUUAUCUUAUGAUACCUUGACUCAAAUAUUUGGAGUUGGUGAGUCAACCAAUAAACUAAUUCAACAAGCAGAGAUAUUGGAAUUCUUGAAUGAAAUACCUCAUUGGAAUUCUUUCCGAAAUCGUCAUCCAUAUUUAUUUGAUAAUUGGACAUCAAUUCAACAUUUAGAAUCGAAACAUUUAUCAAAUUAUUAUAAACAAGAAUUAGCCCAAUUUUCCAAAAAUUUCGAUUUAAUAAUAGAUUACUUAUCUGAUUCAAAUGAAUCAUCAUCAGAGAAAGAUAUUAUAAAAUUCAAAGUUGCCGGUUAUAUGAGCAUUAUCGAUCAUCUUCUCAAAGAUACAAAAUUAUAUCAAGUUAUAAAUCAAAGAUCUGAAUUUGUUAAACAAUGUUAUACCCUAAUGAAAUAG